UUCGCUUCUGAUUUACGGAGUAUAUGAUCUCUCUGAGGUUCCUAUCGUUUUCUGGGUACCAAUCUCGUUGAACUGAGUUGUAUCUGUAAUCUGUGAAUCCAUUCAUGGAUGGGAAUUAUUGGAGAAUGGCCCAAGCUCAGGGUCAGGCGCCGGCUGGCGAUGCCACCGCCCCGGCACCGGUGGCGGCAAACGGAGCUGUCGAGACUGGCGAUUGGCGGGCUCAGCUACAACCAGAAUCGCGUGAGAUGAUUGUCAACAAGAUAAUGGAGACUUUAAAAAGGCAUAUUCCCUUCGCUGGACCAGAAGGGCUUUAUGAGCUUUGGAAAAUUGCAGUAAGGUUUGAGGAAAAGAUUUAUGCUGCUGCUGUAAGUGAGUCAGAUUAUCUGAGGAAGGUAUCUUUAAAGAUGUUGUCUAUGGAGAUGACAAAAUCAGCAACUCCCAUGGCCAAUUCUGUGCAGUCUAACAAUACAACUAGUGCUCAGAAUCCCCAACUUCCAGGGACACACAAUGUAAUGCAAAACUCAAUGGCAAACACCAUGGGCCAAGGGAUGGGUUCCAAUAUGGUAUCUAAUUCUCAGAGACAGGUGCAUUUACACAAUCAAAUAAUGCAAUCUCAUAUGCAGCAACAACAGGAGCGGCAGCAACAGCAAAACUUACUACAACAGAAUCAGAUCCAAUCAUCUCAGCAAGCAGUCAUGCAGCCUUCUCUUGAGCAGAACCAACUCCAUCUGUACUUCAGCAACCAACUCAAUCUGUCCUCAGGCAACAACGAACUCAACAGGCUCCAAUGAUUCAUCAACAGCAAGGAUCCAACAGAACCAGUUGAUAGACCAAUAGAAGAACUUAGGAUGUGAUUGGUUGACAGGUUUAGCUAUCAGGAAUAAGUAUCAAAGUCAUUAUUAUAGUUUGGUUGACAGAUUUUUAAAAUACUGCUAUGGGUUUUUAUUACUCUCUUAAUUGAAAAAAUCAUUCCCUAAUAAAAUAAGGGUUUCAUUCCA